AUAUUUUGGUGAAUACGCAUUUUAUAAAAAGUGGAAACAAUAUGGCGCGAGUGAAAUGUCAUGAUCGAAGGAAGAUGUCAGUAGAAUGUUUACAUUUUGUGUUAUUAAUUCAAAGUUUCACACAAUGUUUUCUACACACAUUAGCUGUAGAAAGUCACAGUCAAGCUUUUGUACAGACAGACAACCACCUGACUUAUAUUGGAGAUGGAAGAGACAUUAAUGGAAUACCUUUAGAAGUUAAUCCAGGCCAUAAUCAAUAUAGUGCUGAAAAUAUUAUUUAUAAAAAUUCUGUUAGAUUAGACCCACCAUGGCUAGAUUUUCAAGAAAGACCAGUUGGAAUGCCAUUUUUGGAACAAGUUGUAGUUCACAAUACAGACAAUAGAAAUGAUUUACACUUGCUAUCAAUAUCAGGCAGUACAGUUCAUUUCCAUUGCUCAUUUUUUCAAGAAAAAGUUGUUCCGCCUGGUGGCAAUACAACAUUUGAUGUAGUGUUUUUAGCCCGAGAGGAGGGAAAUGUAGAAAAUACUUUAUAUAUUCAUACCUCUGUGGGGUCAUUUUCUUAUAAUGUUUUUGGAGUGGGGAUACCCAAUCCAUAUAGACUGAGGCCAUAUUUAGGAGCUAAAGUUCCACUAAAUAGCAGUUUUUCUCCUGUUAUAAAAAUACAUAAUCCGUUCAGCUCAACACUGCAGGUGACAGAAAUGUUUUCCAGUGAAGGGGAUUUACAUUUAGAAUUACCCUCAGGGGAUAUAGAAGCCCCCAGAAGUUUAUGGGAGAUCCCUCCCUAUGAGACCAAAACUGUUAUGAAGGCAAAUUUUGUAGGGAGGGUGGAGAAUAAUCAUACUGCCUUUAUUCGAAUAAAAACAAACCAAGAGCAGAUGAACAAUUUAGUUAUUUUACCUGUUGAAGUAGAAGUUAGUUCAGUUCCUGGUCUGUAUUCCCCAAAGGAGAUGAUAGAUUUUGGUAUCAUAAGAACACUUGAUGACCCAGUGACUGUCAGUCUUAAUCUUGUCAACACAGGAUUUAAGCCAGUUCACAUUUCAAGUGUUACUGUAUCUCCACCAAAUGAAGCCAUCAACAUUGAUUUUCGUCCAACAAAGUUACAGCCAGAUAUUUUACGACACACAUCAGUGGCUAGAAUAACAUUCAAUGCUGAGAAGGCUUUGCAUAGGAAACAUUGGUCAGGAAAGAUCAUUGUCAAAUCUAGAAAUGGCCAGCACAAGAUUACAAUUCCUUAUAAAGCAGCCGUACUCCAUGGAUCUUUGGUAUACAGUGUCAACAACACAUACUUUUUUAGUGCCAGAGACAUCUGGAACAUCACUAGAGCAAUGACUUUUACCAACACCUUUAACUUCUCUGUUGUUCUGUACAACAUCUCUAUCUCCACUCAGCAUCACCACUUCUUCUCUAUUCUCAAUUUUACUGUUCCUUUGAUACUGAAACCACGAAAAACUUCUACACCAUUUUAUCUUAAGUUUCAUCCCAAUGAAACUCAGCUACAUUUUACAACGUACAUUACCCUGCACACCAAUGCCUCAACUUUUACAAUGCCAAUAGUAGUAUACAAUGGGCUGCUCAAGGUUAUCCCACAUCGGCCUGAGAAGUUCAAAGGCCAGUUUGAUUUUGGCACGAUGGGAGUGGAAGAAAAAAGAAGUAUGAUAUUUACUUUACAAAAUGACAACCCUAUUGAUGUUCAUAUAGGGGAGAUCACUCCAGAUAUGAAUGGUACCAAGGUUUUUUUUCUUGGAAUGGAGAGAGGAAAUGGGACUAUGUUAACUCAGAAACAUAAUAUAACAGAAGUGGAUUACAACUUUUUGAAGAUUAAACCGUACCAUUUUGCAGUCUUUAGAUUGAAUUUAACAGCACCAGACCGUGAAGGUAUUUUUGCAACAGACAUGCUGAUAACGACACAGUUUGAAGACAUCUGGAUACCUGUAGCUGUUCGUACUGCUGAUGGGAGUCUUAUAGCUAUACCAGAAUCACUACAUUUUGAUAAAAUGUACCCUGGUAUGGUAGAUUACCGGGUUUUACAGAUUCACUCAACAUUCCAUGAACACAUGGAAGUGACAGGAGUAACAUUCCAGCCUUCAGAUAGUAGAUUUUACUAUGAGCCCCCAAACACAGAGAGAAUACUCCUGGUUCCUGACAAACCAAAUAAUGUUGGAAAAAUAUAUUUUGAUGCAAAGAGGGAGUGUAAAGAUGAUUGUUAUGUAGGUUUAGCAACAAACACACCUGCUGGUCAUCAGUGGUUGCUAGGCCUGGCGUUAUUCCGAGAUGUGGUUGACUCAGACCAAUAUUUAUUCACCAAACUGCAACAGAAGUGGCGAACUAUUCAAAAGUCUAAUCUAAAUACUGCUAAUGUUACUAUAGAAAUGGAUACUAAUGAAGUUCGGGGAUUUCUUUAUUCUGCUCAAGCACAUCUUCAGUGGCCUUCACUGGUCAGAAAGUGCCACAUAAGAUUCCCACUCACUCAAAUAGGAAAUAUAUCAAUAUCAGAUUUUAUUGUUGAAAAUCCAGGAGAUAUCCCAAUAUUAAUUCAGAUUUUACCACUUCCACUGUACCCCAAUCCACAGAUUAUUUCAGAUGUUAUAUAUAGAAAUUUUAGAUUUUCUACGGAUCCUGGAGAUACUGUUGAAAUGGACGACCUGGACAUUUUUACUCUACCUGAUUUAGAACAAUACAAUCCCAGUAGACAAAAUCCGGUUCCGGGUUUUAGGAAGCAUGUUGAAACUUCAUUAGGUGUCAAACCACACAAACAGAGCAUAGCAACAAUCCUGCAGCCUGGUGUUAAGGUCAAGGUCAGAGUGGGGUUUCAACCAAAGGAUGAUACUGCAAGAACAUCCAUAAUACUCAUAAGGAAUAAUUUGACAAUAAUAGAUACAAUAGUUGUACAAGGCCAGGGAGGAAGAGGAGAGAUGAAACUUAGCAAUAAAAAACCCGGAUCUGCCAUUCCACUGCAGUUUGAUAUAACAGAAAAACACCUCAAAAACUGUGAUAAAAAGAAGCAAGCGAAGAAUAUGAUGGUACCCAAUUUUACAGUCAGAAGAUCGUUUACUUUAAAAAAUACAGGAGAACUCCCAUUCUUCAUCCAUAGCUACAGCAUUAACAGCUUGUCAUGUGAAGGUUAUGGUUUCCGAGUAUUAGAUUGUGAAGGAUAUGAGAUGUUACCCAAUACCAGUAGAAAAAUAGACAUAGCGUUCACUCCGGAUUUUACCAUGUCCAGAAUAAGAAGAAUUUUAACAAUACAGAGCAGUUUAGGACCAGUGGCCAAUUAUACUCUACAAGCAACUAUACCCCCUCAUACUCUGUCACGCUGCUCAGCAGCCCUCCCUCGCCCAAAUUGGGAACCAGUUUUAUACUAUUCAAUAACCUGUGUCAUGGCUUUUCUGUUAUUCUGCAUACUUGUGGCAGCAUAUUUUGAAGCUGAUCGAAUUUUUGUUGCUGACAUAAUUCGAAGGAAGGUUAAAUUUAGUAGUGCACCGCAGGCAUUUGAUAAAAGUAAAAUAUUUGAUCUCAAACAAAUUGCAGGAAUAACUACAACACAUACUCCAACCUCUCCCAUGAAAGUUACACAGGUCACCCCAUUCCCAUCACAAACUAAUGAUAUGGCCACCAAGCCUGUGAUAACCUUAAGUAAUGGCCACAUAGAACACAGGACCCAAAAAGAAUCCUUUGGAAGUAACCUCCUAAAAGUUUUGAAGAAGUUUUUUGCUUCGAAACCUCCCAGGUCCAACAAUACCAAAAAAUCAAAGAUAGACAGAGUGGAUCCAGUCAAAGAGGAACAAGUUCAGUCCCAGCUGGUGCCAAAAGUCAAAUCCCCUGAUGAACGGAUGAUGACUUACCAGGAAUCUGCAGAGAAAUCCAACAUGUCACAGAAAAUUAGAAACAAAAAGGCAGCACGCAGACAGCACUCAAAUGAGCUUUUAGCCAAUCAGAGUGAAGUUUACAAUAGUCACCAAGAGACCAAACAGAAUUAUUCCAAUCUCACUUACACUAGACAGACCAGCAAUGAAACCAGUGAUAAAGUUGACAAAAAUUCUCAUAAGACUACUGCAUGUACUACUAGUCUCGAUGACUUCAUUCUUUUGGAAGAUACAAAAUCUGACUUUUCUGAUGCCAAAAUGAAGAACCGUAAAAAGAACAAAAGCAGACCAGAGUUGAUACCCAGAUAUGUGACCCAACCAAGUGUUGAUGAUGAGACUUCAUCCACUUCCACCGAAUCUUCUGUUGGUGAAAUUGAGGAGAAGAGCUCCAGUGCACGGGACUCCACUCCUGAGCCCCAGCACCAACCCAAACCCAAAAAGUCCAAGCCCCGAGUUGUCAAAACCACCGGACAUUUUGACAGCACUAUUGAUGAUGCUGACUUUGAGCUGACCUCCAAAUCCAAAGGUCACAAGCGCAUCAAGAGCAAGUCGAAGGAGGUGUAUGGAGGAGACAUCUUCCACCCUGAUUCCCUAGAAUUGCCCUAUGACAUGGAAAAACUUGAGAAGAAGGAGAAGUCCAAGAAGAAGGCUUUUAAACUUCAGACCCUGAAAGAUUCUUGUUAUUUUGGUGACUCGGAAAGUUCUGACAGCCGCGGCAGCCAGGAAGAACCGAUGCCUAAUUGGGACAUGCCAGUCAACUCCCCUGAUUCUUUUACAGAUGAUGACCUUACUGAACUUGCCCAACAGACAGCCCAAUUUGCACAGAAACAUGGAAAAAAUAUAACCCCCAAUGGACCCAGUCCAGAUGUUUUAUCAAGCAGUUCACGAUCGAGCAGUUACAGCGAUAUUGUGAGCAGCAGUGAAAGUAGUAAAAACAAGGACAAGGACCAGAGACGCAACAAUUCUUUCCCAGGCUAUGGAGAGCCAAUCAUACCAGGUGCCAUUGGGACCAAAGCAAGAGCGGCUCCUGUGGGAUCUGGGAAGGGCCGAAGUGUUUGGAACACCACCCCACCCACCACCCCAGAUUCUAUGCUUGGAACCUUUGGACUUCAAACUAUUCAGGAAACCAAUCGCCUGUCUACCACUGAAACCAUCCUGCCGACCUCCAUUCCAGAGAGCCCCUCAGUGGCGUCAGAUGCCCCUGUUGACCCUUUUGCUCCUACUGGUGGUCCAUUCUCAGAAAACUAUUACUCCACUGCCCCAGGAUAUGAGGCUCCUCAGACUAUGAUGCAGAAGCUCCAACAUGAACGCCGCAUCAGACUCCAGGAACACAGACGAAGGGUUAUGCAAGGAGAGGAAUGGCCUGGCUUUGAUGUACCCCCUGUUGGCAGUGAAAGUCUCUGGGACAAUGAGUACAACCCCCUGUCAGCAAAAUGGCCCACUGGACCUGAUACACCCUCUACCAUGCAAGACAACAACAGUUUAUGGAGCACCCUAACCAACAGUGCAAACAGCAGCUGGAACUCAUUGAUGAGUUUCACUUCAGGUUGGGGAUCCCAACAACCAAACUCUGUUGCAAAGACAACCACCACCGACUCUGCCUCUGUCUCUCCUAGGACUCAACAGGAUAUGGAUUCUGGCCAAGCUUUUAAUCCAUUCAACACUAUGUCAGACAUUUGGGGACCUAAUGCCCCAACAACCAGUGCUGGGUGGAAUGUCCCCAAGCCUGAGGAGCAAUGAACCAACUCAUGAGAAAGCAACCAUCUCACUGUAUUUUUUAUUUACUUACAUUUCAUUUUUGAGAUGUAGAAUGUUUGUGAUUUUGAGUAGGAUGUUCAUCACCCACCUAGUGAUGUAUGUUGUUACAUGUAUGCCUAUGUUAACAUAGAUAUACAUAGUACAGUGGACCCUCGGAUGUCUGGACACCCAAUGUCUGGACACUUCACCCUCUGGACAAUACUUUUGGGAGCAGAUUUUUAAAAUGUUUGUCUCGUUUAUCUGGAAUUUUGUAUUCUGGUUUUGGACAGUCUUUUUAUCCUACAUAAUGCAUUUUUCCAUUAUAUUUUGGUUCUUUUAUCUAAAUGGUUAUAUUUUAAUUGAUCUUUCAGUGUUGGUCAGCUCUCCUGAGCUGGGUGUUCAGUGUUGUUACAGCACUGGCCAAGCUGUUUGUUUUUAAAAGACAAUCAACUGUGACCUGUUAUUUCACUGAGAGGUUAAUUAUAUGUCCUUCUAGUUUUGUGUGCUCAAGAUUCUCACUUCUCUGAAUGCUUUGAAUUUCACUGCUGUAUUGCCAGGGGAAAAUAUCAGUAGGUUAAAUGUUAUCAGCAAAAUACAUACAGUUAAGAUAAUUUUGGUUUACAUAUUGCUAUAUUAUAGACCAGACUUCACAGACUUCAGGGUUUAUAGCUGUUGUUCUCUCUAUAUAUAUGCACAGUAUUUACAUCAUUAGCUUGAAUCUGUAAUUUGAUGAGGUCUUAGUACCACAUUUAAUCAAUAACUUAAAAUCAAAUUUAAACAUGCACUCACUAGUGUGAUCUUACUUGGAAUGAUUAGCAGUUAAUAUCAGAUUUAGUGUUCAAAUUAAAAGGAGACUACUGACAGCUCACCUGUGUAAAUUCAAAGUUGUACCAGAUAUAAUUGCUUAUUGAUUGAUUUGAUAGGGUUUGGUCAGAAAUUAUCACUAUAGCCACAAAAAUGUUGGUGCAUCCAAGAUCAAUCAUCACAUGCUUCUACAAUCAUAUCUACACCACCAAUCUAGCUUUAGUUUUAUUUGAACAAGUGUUAUGUAGUAGUGCUUAUGCAUAUCAUGGUAUUUGAUACAAUAAAACAUAUUAAUACAUGUAUAAUGAAAGGCCGUUUACAUGUAUAUAGCAGAAAUAAAUUCAGUUCAGAUACCUGGAGGCUUCACUUGUCCACACAAUUUGACUUAGAGCCAAAGCAUCCAGAUAAAUGAGGUUCCACUGUACUUUCGUAGGUUACUAUAUCAGUCUUUUGAAUUCUACCAUUGUCAAGAAUAUUUGUACUUUUUUAAAGUAAUACCGAAAGCCAUUUUUCUUUUAUAGAGAAAAGUAUAUAUAAUGCAAGAAUUGUUUAAUGCCUAUUGUGUGUGUUUUCCAUUUCUGUCUGAAAAAGAAAUACACUUGAAUUCUGUGUGAAAACCAGUUUUGAAUUUGAAUUCAUGAGCUCAAAAUACCUUUUAUGUUAUAAAAAUGACCAUUUGAAAGAUAAUCUAUUAUACAAAAAAAUUGUUGUUUUUAGAAGAACAUGUUCUCGUUCCUGAUAUUUUCUCUUUUUUUAUCUUUUGUUUUACAACUUGCAUGUUAUUACCUUAAUUUUUUCAACUCUGUAUAGAAAUUAAACUGGUUUGCUAUGUGAGAAGGUUGCUUGACUGUGAACUUAACCGACAUGAAUUUUUCGAACUAUGGACUUGAAUAAUGGAAUGUGAUCUUAAAGUUAACAGAGGUGCACUUGAUGGCAUCACUGCAAAUGGAUAUAACAUUUAUACUGGACCAGACUUAACAAGUACCUAUUUGAUGGGUAUUAUUACAUUACUGGAGUUGACAAAUUGAACACUGGGUAUCAAAAAUGUUGAUAUUGCUGGUUUCUCUUUGUGGAUUUGGUGUUGUGUAGGAGGCCAGUCCACAAAUGAUAUUGCAGGAUGAGAAUACCAGUGGUCUGUUACUGCUUGUAAAAACUACAUCAUAAUAAUUAUACCAGAUAAAAUACUAAGCAAGGUAUUUAUAUCUAGAUGUAUAUCAAGCUUUGCAUCUGGCACAUUUUCUGGAUGAAAACAGAUAUGAAAUGGUAGAAAUAAAGUUAGUUUUUUCACAGGGAACAGGAAUUGUAAAAAUGUUUAGAGUAAUUUUUUAAGAGGGGGGGGGGGGGGGGGGUAGAAAGAGAGAGACAGGUUCUCUUGUGAAGAAACAGCUAAGAGCAUUUUUAGGUAAAAAUGUUUUUUUUAAUAUGUAUGUUUUGGAUUAGUAAAUUUUUAUGAACUUUUAUUUUUGUUCAUACAAGGAAACAAGGGAAAUUUUAUGUCAUUUCUUUAAGAUUCUAAUUUCUUUUUUCUAUGUCAGGCUUCAAAGCCACAAGUCUGAAACAAGCUCACUUUUGAUCUUUGUCUCAUAUUUUUUCUGAUAUAUUCCAAAUAGGGUGAAACUUGGAUCAGAAGAAAUCUUGUCCCAAUGCCAAUCGUAAAAAUGAUUUUGUAAGAAAACGAAAUCAUUUGAAUUUUUUUUAGAUUAACUCUGAUUUUACUGCUGGUUUUUUUUCUUCCUGUGUCAGAUUUUAUAAACUUUCACUCUAGAAGGUAAUCUUCUAAUACUGGUAUGGAUCAUGCCAAUUUUUGUAACAAGCUCUGCAAGACUGUAACAGAGUUACCAUUCUUUGUUUACUCGUGACCAAGUUGUGAGGUUGCUUUGAGAAGCUCUCUUGAGAAAUGUGUGUCUGUUAACAAUGAUAAAAAAGUAAAGCAAUUUUAAAAAAGCAUCAA